AUGGCCUCUGAUGAAAGAGGUAGAAAAAGAGACUGGCUGCUAAAGCCCUUGACUAUGAUGAAUCGAUCUCGGUCAUCAUCUUCAGCGGCAAGAAAAGGUCUCUCUACGACUUUGCAAGCAAAUAAUACUUUGCGUCUCAAGGUGCCUCUGAGACAUACAAGCCAUCGACGAUCAAAAUCUCAGUCGUCAUCGCCAUAUAUUGAUUCCCAGUUCUCAUCGCAUCCCACAAUUACGAGACCUGAGUCACAAACCGUGCCUGACGCACCUAAAUCGCCCCCGUCUCAAUUGUCAGAUCUCUGGGGCCAAGCUUUUCGCAAUGCAAAUGACACAACCCAGAAGUGGCUCAAAGAACAAGGAUUGGACUUCCAGUCUUCAGACGGAACGCAGAUCAAAACUCAAAUCAAAGAAGUGAUUAGCCUCAUGAAAAGCAAAGAGGUCUCAGAAAAUGUCAGCGAACCGUUGGCAAUCACAAUCGCGAAUCGCAAAAUCAUCGUCCGAGAAUAUCUCGCGGAUGCCGUUGCCUUUAUUACCAUGGUUGGCGACGCAGCUAUUGUUUUCGCGCCACCCCAAGCCAGUGUGCCGUGGACUGUUGCAAAAGCCGUCAUGAAAAUCCCGGUCAAUAGUAUUGAGCAGAAAGCUGCUCUUGUCGGGACAAUCGAGUGGUUUUUACGCAUUACGCGCAGAGGCCAAAUUUACGAAUCUCUAUACACGACGGAGACGACGGAUGAGGGAGCUUUAUCGAACCUACACAAUGCCCUUGUCGAGCUAUAUACCGCUGCUAUUGAGUUGCUCGCAAAAUUUGAUACCAUGGCUAAAGGUGGCGCCUUUAAAGAACUUUUAACAGCUGUCUUAAGCCCCAAAUACGCUACAGAUCUUGUCGCCAAUUUGAACAAAAAAGAAGAAAUCCUUGACAGAGAGGCCCAAAGUUGCGAAGCAUCUCGCUCCGCUAAGUCAUCUGAAGACAUGAAGGUUCAAACAGAAGCUUUUCAAAAACAGUUGGCUCAGUUAACUUUGCCACUACCACGAAUAGAUGUCGCGGUGUCCAGCCUCUUGGAAAAAGUCAAGGACAAAGAGUUAGAAGAGUUGAUGGAUUAUAUCAGCUCGGAGAUGUUUGGUAAAGGUCACGCUACAGUUACAAAUGCAAGAGUAGAAAAAACUGGAGAUUGGCUUUUGAGUAACGAUUAUUUUCGUGCUUGGCAAGAUAUACCUUCUUCUUCAACCGUUUUUGUACUUAAAGGUGCCGGCGGUACGGGCAAAACAUAUCUCACUUCUAGAGUGAUUGAUUAUGUAAAAGGGUUUGCAUAUUUUUAUUGUAAUCGAUCUGGAUCUUCAAUGCAGCAGCCAAUUAUUGUCCUGAGAAGCUUUGUCCGCCAGCUAUCCGGUAAAGCCUUUGACGACUCUGAAUCUUUUAACUUCUAUUCGAAGACAACAAUUAUCCUCGAUGCGCUGGAUGAAACCGAUAUCGGGACGUACAACCUAGCAAAGUCUCUUAUCCAAAUGACUGAAAAAUCUAAAAGGCCAGUAAAAAUCUUCAUAUCAAGCCGACCAGACCGGGAAGAAUUGGAAGAAGAAUACAAGGACAACCUUUUGAUCACUGUGGACGCCAGCAAUCAACACGAGGACAUUCAGAAAUAUCUGGAACAUGAGCUCUAUUCAACUAAGAAAUUUAAACGGCUAAAACCAGAGAUACAAGGCGAGAUAAAGGAUAUUUUUAACAAGAAGGCGUGCGGGAUCCUCAACACAAACCCUGUUCUUAUGGACGAAGUAGUCCAUGACUGGUCCCAAAAUCUGCCAGAUGACUUAACAGAAGCGUAUAAUGACUUAUGGAAGAACAUUCAACGGCAACAUGAGUCUGUUGUCGCUUUAGCUGAGCGUGCUAUUCAAUGGGUGCUGUGUUCUAUCGAGCCGCUCGAGUCAAAAUCGCUCCUGGAAGCCAUCCAAUACACAAUUGAAGGGUCUACGGUGGUUGACAAAGGAAAACAAUUGCAGCAAGAGAUUUUAUCACUUUGCCAGGAUCUUCUAACGAUUGAUGAAGAACGAGACGUAUGGAUGCUGCCGCAUGCCUCUGUGGCUGAGUAUUUUGAGUCCAAAGGCUGGACUGGUAGGAAGUGCGAUGCAUUCGCCGCAAAAACUUGCCUUGGGUUCCUUGAGUACUUCCAGCCAAAAGAGAUCCAAGAGGGCUUUUUUGCAUAUUACGCCAAUUACAAUUGGCACAAGCACGUGGGACGAUACGACAAAUGGCUGGGAUCGAAGAAAGAAGAAGAAGCGGAUCCAAGCGUUGCAGCGGCUUUGAAGCGCUUUCUUGGAUCGCCAAAUGAGGGCAGCGACAGCUAUCGGAAAUGGGCUGAACGCGACAGUCAGAUGAGACCAACCAACAUGGCUUUGUUUGCCAUGUGCAGAUAUGGAUUUUACUACACCUUGCGCAACUGGUGGCAGGACGGCAAAAUCACCGAGGAGAUGGCUCUUUUAAAAAAUGAAGACGGCCAGAACUCACUUGCGCUCGCAGCUGAGAAUGGCUGCAUGCCCAUCUGCAGGCAUUUGAUGGGCUCGAUUGAUGCGAUGCAUCCCGAUGCAGAAAGACAUGCCGGAGCGCUGGUCGCAGCACUUAAAAAUGGCAAUGACGACGUAUUUAAAAUGCUUGUCAUGGAGGCGAAUGCAGAUGUCAAUUUUCCAGACGGUAAAGAUAAUUCUGCUGCACAGUAUGCGGCCCAAGUUCACCCUGAGAUGCUGCAAUGGAUGGUGGACCAUAGCCUCGCUGACCUAGAGAAAGAGAAUGAGAGCGGCAAUUGGAUGGGCAACGUUUUAAUCGCAGCUGCGGGGAGGGGAAACGUCGAAUCGAUUCGAAUAUUGCUCGGGGCCGGAGCAAAUGUUAACGCCACUGUGCAAAAUGGCACAUACGGGAGCGCCCUUGUCGCAGUGGCAGCGCUUUGUAUGGCUGAAGGCCACGUGGAAAUUGCGAGGCUGCUCCUUAACAGCGGCGCAGAUCCAAAUUUGCCUUUGAGAGGCGGCAACUUUGGCAGCGCGCUCGAGGCAUCGGCACGGAUUUUAUAUUUUAUACACGAAGAAUCAGAAGAACUUGUUUGUAAAGUACAGAACAUGUUGCUCGAAGCUGGUGCGGAACCCACAGCGUUGUUUAAUCGAGGCGAGCAUGGAAGCGCAUUGGCGGCUGCGGCCUUCUAUGGACAAUUGGACUUCCUCAGGGCCAUGGUUGACCGUGUUGGAGUGGAGUGUGCGAUCAAUAUCCUUCGCCAGGGUAGGCAUCCCGGUGAGCGAAUGUUUAGAAAUCAGCAAAAAGUUGAGCGCUGGAAGGAUACAGCCGCGUAUCUGGCCAACGAAGUAGGCGCAAGUAAAGACGUUCUUCGGUGCGUCGGCCUGUGGGAUGUCGAUCCUGUGCCUGCUGGAUAUGGAGAGUUGAUGGAGAUUCAGUUGAUCGAACAUGGCCAACAAGAUGACGUUGAAGAUUCUAGUGAUUGGUCGAGUUGCAAUGACUAAACGAUGUGUCGACAGAUGCAAGCUGUGUUCAUGUCGUGCUCAUCGAUUCGUCCAUGUCCCAAGCGAAACGAGCGGUUCGAAUUACACACUAUACGACAGUCUGUGUGUGGCUCACUCUUGCAGAGGCUAUCGGUUUCGCCAGCACAAAACUCUUCUUCGUCCUCUUAUUGUUGUUCAGUUAAUAUUAAUUCUUCAUAACACAUAUUUGGCACCGAGAAUAUACACAGUCAAUA